AUGUGGACAUGGCUUCUGCACCACUUCCAUAACCCAAUACAGCUCUCGUUUGAGGAGAAAAUUUUGUCCAAUCUGCAGACAGCCAUUCGUCAACGAGGAUUUGCAUCCAACCAGCCCCAUGACGAGUCCCAACGAGAACUGUACCCCGAAUCUGUUCUCAGGCACGCGGAGCAUGCAAGCGAAAGGAUUAAGAUUUUAAGUCCUAAGUCUAGCGCAGAAAAUUUGCGAAGUGCGGGGCAUGCGAUCCAGCAAGUAGUCGAUGGUCUGCACCGAGAGCCAUGUGCCCUUGAGACUUUAUUAGUCUCAGUUGCGGAAUUCUUUCAGCGAGUCGCGCCCGUGUUUGCGUCUGCCAUCAUACAAAGGGAAGAGAUCGUGACUGUACGACGCGGGCUGAAUCAGUUGCGUGAAAUUAACCAGCACUUACGCGAGGAUGGAGAAAAGACAGAACGUCUGAUGCAGCGUGCACUGGAGGCAGCAGAUCAAGCUAGAAAAGAGGUGGUCAGUCUCAGAGAGCGAAAUGAUCAGCUUAAGCAACACAUUGAGACAUCGAAGAAGGAAUUCCUGACGCAAGUUUCCGAGAAAUCGAAGGAAGCGGAUGGACUGCGGAGCAUGAUGAUUGCACAUAAGGAUAAGGCAGUCAGACAAAAGGCGAAAAUCGCCGAAUUGAGGCAGCAAGUCGCAGUAAAUAUAACCACGAUCAAUGAUCUCACACGGCUAGCUGUCAAGCCCUCGGUAUCAUCUCAAUCUCCACAUUGGACUGGUCAUAGUAGGCGAGCUUCUGGACAGGAGGAUCUUAAGGCUUCGAUCUUUGAACCUGACGACACAUAUGAAUUUGGAAAUUCAGAAGCGAAUACUCACUCUACUUCCGAUUAUUUGGAGUCUGGGCCAUCUACGCAACAACCUGCACUCCUCCCUUCGCCAUCUAGUCGUUCAUCUCCCAAAAUUGUAACGCCGCAAAAGAUGUUUCAAAGCGAUUGGAAUUUCAGACAGUAUGACAACAAGAAGCGCAAACGGAUGUCAUCGGAAGACCGUUCGAAAGUGGGUCCGAUCGCCCUUGAUAGCAAUGGUCGGGUCAAAGGGACAGUGCAGUUGGGCCCUAGGCAGAAGCAUCGGCUUUGA